GCCGCGGGCACGAGCCAUGUCGGAGCCCGGGUUCUCGCUGAAGAUCGCAGUGCUGAGGGCGCUCGAGCUCCCGCUGGCCUGGUGCUGCUCCCUGGUCCAGAUCAGACUCUCUCCGGGGGUUAAGAAGCUCUUCGCGGUGACGGCAGUGAGCGCGGUGUCUGUGCUCUUCCUGGCCCAUCACUUUAAAAGAAGACGGGGCAAGAAGAAGAGAAAAGGCUCGCCCUGGGACCCCGGACACCUCGCCCUCCAGUGCGCCAAGACCGCCACGUCUGAGAAAGGUUCCAGCUGUUCCAGCAGCCGACAGAACCUGACCCUGUCUCUGAGUUCGGCCAAAGACAAAGGCUCUCAGUCCGGCAUCUACACCAACGGAGGCCUUUUCAGCAAAUAUUCUGGCUCCGUGCAGAGCCUCGCCUCGGUCCAGAGCGCCAACUCCGGCCACAGCUGUGCCUGCGGCAAUUCUAAUUCCUGGGACAAAACCGACGAAGAGGACCUGAGGCUCGUCAACAUCCCCGUGACCACUCCUGAGAACCUGUACUUGAUGGGCAUGGAGCUCUUCGAAGAGGCCUUGCGUCGCUGGGAGCAGGCGCUCACCUUCCGCAGCAGACAGGCCGAAGAGGAAGCCGGCUGCGGGGCCAUUAAACUGGGAGCGGGGGACGCCAUUGCCGAAGAGAGUGUCGAGGAUAUCAUCAGCGCCGAGUUCAUCCACAAGCUCGAGUCUCUGCUGCAGAGGGCCUACCGCCUCCAGGAGGAAUUCGAGGCCACGCUCGGGGCGUCCGACCCCAAUUCCCUGGCCAACGACAUCGAUAAAGACACAGAUAUCACCGUGAGGGGGAAUGCGGAUGAUUUUGGGCUCCGAGACACACUGAGCAUCGCCUCAACAGAUUCCUUUGUUUCAGCCACCGAGCUUACAGAACACAGAGAAGGGCGCCAUCCGUACAGCCUGGACUCCCUCUGCCACUGUCCCUUGUACGAGGAAGCCAUGCAUUUGGUGGAGGAGGGAAAGAUCUACUCCCGAGUGCUCAGAACCGAGAUGUUGGAGUGCCUCGGAGACAGCGACUUCCUGGCCAAGCUUCACUGCAUCCGCCAGGCUUUUCAGGUCAUUCUUUCAGAAACAGCCAACCGGACGUUUCUUGCUGAGAGCGGAAGGAAAAUUUUAUCAGCUUUAAUUGUGAAGGCGAGAAAGAAUCCAAAGAAAUUUGAAGAUGUUUUUGAUGAAAUGAUCUGUUUUUUAGAGCAAACAGACCACUGGGAGAGCAUUGAAGUGGAGCUUGCCGCAAGGGGGGUGAAAAAUCUCAAUUUUUAUGACAUUGUCCUGGAUUUUAUAUUGAUGGACUCCUUCGAAGAUCUGGAAAACCCGCCGACGUCCAUCCAGAAUGUGGUCAAUAACCGCUGGCUCAACUCCUCCUUUAAGGAAACCGCCGUGGCAUCGAGCUGCUGGUCCGUGCUCAAGCAGAAGAGGCAGCAGAUGAAGAUUCCUGAUGGGUUCUUCGCCCACUUCUAUGCCAUUUGUGAGCACGUCAGUCCUGUGUUAGCCUGGGGCUUCUUGGGGCCGAGAAAUUCCCUCUAUGAUUUAUGUUGCUUCUUUAAGGACCAGGUCCUCUAUUUCCUCAAAGACAUCUUCGACUUGGAGAAGGUCCGCUAUUCCAGCAUGGAGACGUUGGCCGAAGACCUCAUGCAGCUGCUGAUGCGCCGCACCGAGCUUCUGAUGGCGUACCUGGGCGCAGACUCCCUGAGACAUGCGAGCGGCUGCGUGAGUGGCCACAGCCACGCCGUGUCCAGUGGCCUGGUGGAAGCCAGAGUCCAGUGAGGGCGCGCGUGCGUGUGGCCGGGCCGUGGGGAGGUUUGGUGGACAGGCCGGACGUCCCUGGAAACGUUUUCCAUUCUGAAAUGUGCGUUUUCUCUUGUCGCUCGUCAUCGAAGUCCGUCCUUAGCCCGUGGAGGCCCUGGUGACCUUCUGGUGGGUCGUUGUGUGAACUGUUCAGCAAACCUUGGCAGCGGCCUCGGCCGAGCACGCGGCGCCCUGACGAUGGCUGCUUUGGCCGGGCCGCCCUCAGAUGCCCUGCUCUUCCCACGCGGCACGCCGUCCAUUCGUUAGGUUGCUUCUCAGUGACUGUGUAGUUAACCUUGCCUUGAAAACGCAUCUGUACAUAGCAGCCGUCUCCUUUUGUCUCGAGGCACGAUGCGGUGACACGGGAAAUAGAAAUCAUCGUCAUUUAGGCAGUAACGGUGUCUGGUGUGUGCUCUUGUCCGUGUCAUACGUUUACAGGAAUCGGCCCCGACGGGGUCCCGGUGGAAGACUUCAGGCGGAUCGGGCAGCUGGCAAGCGAGAGGGCAGAGGCCUUCCCUCCGCGGCGCGGCCUGGGGCUCUUCUCCUCUUCCCUUGAGACCUUCCCUUCACGAACUCUGUUCUCGAGAGUUCCCAGCUGGACGUGCUCUCGGUGGAGGAGGGAAGCGGCUCCUCUGGCCCUCAGACGCCUCAGGGGGAGGUUCUGGCGAAAAGACACUGACUGUGGGGCAGAACUUCCCUCCCUGCUUAACCCCCAAGUAUUUCCAGACCUGAGAGAUCUGAUCAUUUCAGAACUCGAGCCCAGCGUAAUCCCGUGCCUGGCCCCCCUCUAGCUUAGGCGAGGUUCUCUGGGGGCCGCGGGGACCCUCCUCUGGACUUGGCUUUUGGCCUCGCGUGGUUUUAAACUAGCAUUUUAGACAAAAGGGCCAGGUUUCUGUCUACUGAGAUGUCAGAGGGAAGCAGGAAGCGCCGUGCUGCCCAGCACGCACACGAUGGGAAUGGCCUUUGGAUUGGCUCCUCGUGUGCCCGGGUGGGUGUCCGGCGUCCCCCUCCCCCCAAGAGAAUCGAUGCCACAGACGCCACCCAGGGCCAACUGCUCCAGCAAUGGCACUGGCCGCUGACCGGGGCUGGACCGAGGACUCCCUCAGUGGUGGUCCCUGUGGGUCUGGAAGGCUUUUGUAGCUGUAGGUCCUCCGGAGAGAAACGGUGCCAUUGAGUUUUCAUGGGUUCGUAUUUUUCCUUAUUAACUUGGGCAAAACCGAGUUGUACCUUAGAAAUAACGUACGUCCUCGGUGAUUGUUAUCCAUCGUAGAAACCAAACUAUGGGGGACGCAGUUCUGCUUCUUGGGUCGGACAGAAGUUUGGUCUGAAAUCAGUUUGGAAAAAUUGCACUAUUGGCUCCCCGUUGGCCAGGGUAUCCCAGGGGUUUCCCAGAAGGGCCCAAUUAUAUGUAAGUAGGCGGGUGAAUUGUCCUCAGUGUAGGUCAGUGUGGUUGCCGUGGUAGCAGGUUGGUCAGCCCCACAGCUGCCUUCCCAGCCCAAAGGUUUUCUGUGUGGCCUUCCUUUAGAGAUGAUAGCGACCAAAUAGAAUUUCAGGGAUUUCCGUGUGGAAGAGGAGCUCCCCUCAGCCUCGUGUCGAGAAGGACCGUCUUUCCGAAAAGGGAUGUUUACGAUGGCCGAGGAGCUCGAGGGUCGAGACUACCAGUUUCCUUUUGCCUUAAAACUGCAUUAUAAAUACAAAAAAGUCAAAGAAACUUUCAAACAGGAAGUGAGCAGAUUUGGGCAGCAUGAUCGGAAUCUUGGCGAGCCUGUUUUUUGUGGUACUGAUGACAAAGCGCACACGACCUCCAUCGGCCACAUGGAUUUCCGGGUCCUCGGAGACGGCACCAAAGGGUUUGUUCCGUCUUUACAAAGGGGAGAAGUCGGCGUUGAGGGGAUUCCUAGGCCUCUCUUUCCAUUCCCCGCCGCUGUCAGCCCCUAGAUUUCCCGGGAACUCGAAAGGCCAGGCCUCGCGUGUGUUCAGGAAAGAAGGGAAAAGCUCUCAGAAUCGAGCAGCAGGUUUCUGCUGGUUAGACGUAGGAAUGCUGAAGAGAAACCGAAAGAUUUCUCUGUGGCUCUCCUUUCCCGGACGCUACACUUUCACAAAUGGCCCGUUUGGGCCUGCCUUUUGACGAGGAAAAGCAUCAGGAAAGGGUUUGCAGUCAGAGAACUGACAGGACUUGGUGGGAUCCGGCAACGCCAUUGCAGGUGAGCGUCAUCCCUUCUUUGUCCUCAGUGGCUCUUCCCAGUCUUUGCUUGUUUGACUGCAAUUAGCCAGUGCCAAGGCCUCACUGUACAUACGGCCGACCUUCCCUCCUCCUUCUCUGUGACAGUAAAUGCUAUUAGCCCUGCCCCUCCCGGCCUGUGAUGGAUACGAAUGUGCUCCUCUUACUGCCAAAUAAAGGACUGAGAAUACCUUUCCAA